GAACCAACUAACCAAUAAUCACUUUAGUCAUGGAAGAAUCUCUCUGGUUUUUCACCGUCUUAGCUUUCUUCUUCAUUACGUUGGUCUACAAGUUCAUCACACACAAGUAUGGUGCAAGUAACCCUAGAAAAAUAUUCCCACCAAGCCCACCUUCACUCCCUAUCAUAGGCCAUCUCCAUUUGCUCAGAAACAAUAACGAACCUCUUCACCGGACUUUCCAUAAACUCUCUCAAAAAUACGGCCCCGUUAUGUUUCUCCGGUUGGGGUAUCGUAACGUACUCAUAGUCUCCUCACCAUCUGCAGUCGAAGAAUGCUUCACCAAAAACGACAUCAUCUUCGCAAACCGUCCACGGUCGCUUGCCGGGAAGCACUUGAACUACAACUACAGGUCCAUGAUAUGGGCUCCUUAUGGUGAUUAUUGGCGCACCCUACGACGCCUCACCACCUUGGAACUCUUCACGAUGAAGCAGCUCAGCAUGCUCGAUCAAUUUCGGAAGGAGGAGGUUCGUGUUUUGCUGAAGCAGCUGGUUCAAGACUGCGGUACCAACGGCUGGGCCAAGGUGGAAUUGAGACACAGACUCAAGAAGCUUAGUUUUAACGUCCUGAUGCAAAUGAUAGCGGGGAAGAGGUACUAUAGCGAAGACGAGGCGGACCUGGAAGCGAGGCGGUUUAGGGAGUUGAUAAAGGAGUUGAUGCAGAUUCAUGGGCUUUCAAAUCUUAAUGAUUUUUUCCCGGUUCUUCAGUUGGUUGAUUUUCAAGGGGUGGAGAAGAGGAUGAAGGAGUUGAUGAAGAAGAUGGAUGGAUUUUUCCAAAGCUUGAUCGACGAGCAAAGGAAGAUGAGGAGUGAUGGGGCUUGUGUUGAGGGAAAGCCUACGUUGAUAGAUAUAAUGCUCUCUUUACAACAGCAGGAUCCUGAGUUCUAUACUGACGAAACCAUGAAAGGUGUUAUAACUACAAUACUACGUGCCGGGACUGGAUCAGCAUCAACGGCCGUGGAAUGGACAAUGUCAAUUCUUCUCAACCAUCCAGAUGAAAUGGAAAAGGCUCGAGCUGAAAUCGAAGAUAAUGUUGGACAUGAACGACUGUUGGAUGAAGCAGAUUUACCGAAACUAGAAUACCUACAGAAAAUUUACACAGAGUCCCUGAGGUUAUUUCCACCUGCUCCACUUCUUGUGCCACGAGAAUCAUCCGAGGACUGCACCAUCAGUGGUUUUCAUAUCCCUCGCGGCACGCAGUUACUGGUCAACGCUUGGAGCAUUCACAGAGAUCCAGACCUGUGGGAGAAUCCAACAAAGUUUAUGCCGGACCGGUUCGAAAGCGGAAAGAGUGGCUUUGAAGGGUUUAAGAUGAUUCCUUUUGGCGUUGGGAGAAGGGCUUGUUCUGGAUCUCCUCUAGGAAAAAGACUGAUGGGGAUAGUAUUGGGAGCCUUGAUUCAAUGCUUCGAAUGGGAGAAGAUAGAUGGGGAAGAAAUUGAUAUGGCAGAAGGUUUAUUUCAGGUUUUGAUAAAAGCUGAGCCCUUGAAGUCACUCUGCAAACCACGCCAUGAUGCGGUUUUCUGGUGAUGAACUAGCAUGACGCCGAAAUUUGGGAGGAUCCGGCAGAGUUCAAGCCGGAUAGCUAGGUUUGAGGGAUGGAGCGGAUAAGGAGGGAUAUAAGGUAGUCUCGUUUAGGGUUGGAUCUGACAAUGCCAAGGACACAUCCCUUGGAGGCUUUCUGCAAACCACGCCC